AUGAACCCAUCGUUAGGAGGGCUCCCACCGGCCGCCGGGCGCACUCCCAUUGCGUGCCAGAACUGCGCCAGUGCAAAGACUGGCUGUGAUAAGAAGGUUCCAUGCACCCGCUGUGCCGAGAAGAAUUUACCAUGCGAGGCUCGCUUUGCUCGCAGGUCGUCAAAAGCGGCCAUUCGUGCAGCACAGGCAAAUGCUGCUUUACAAAACACCCUGAGUGGCUCGACUCAACAAUCGCCAUCAUCCAGGGCGGCGACCUCCGGCCUCCAUGGAUCUGGCCGUGGAGGUGUCAAGAUGGACGGUAUUGGUUCACCGACUGCCCUGGAGAUCAUAAUACCAGGGGCUCAGGGCCAUGGAUCGCCGCAAGAGAUAUCGCCUCAUCAUCCGCACUUGCAUUUUGAUGGAUUUUCACCCCCCCAUCUUAGGAUUGACGGUGGCCUGGACGAUUUUGCCCCUCUCGGGAAUGAGUACGUGGCUCCAGACACGACGACGUACCAAGACUACCUUUCGUGGUCCGAUUACCAUAUGGACCUUGAUGAUUACCAGAACGGCCCGCAGCUUGGGCGGCAGGAUACCUUGACUCAUGGUUUUGGGAACCUCAGCAACACCCCAUCCCCCUCGGACCUGGUCAUUCCCUCCUUGAGGACCACCCCAGGAACGAGCAUCAUCUCCGCCGAAUACGAACCUAUUAUCAAGCCAUCGGAGUUUGGAAAUAUCAUGACUGCGGCCGACUCAGUCCCGGACUUUGAGGUCAUUAUUGCCGCUGAGGCUGGUUGGAAUCUGGCCCGAUGCAAUCCAACCCCUCCUGUUGGUAGUUGCCCGCGAACGGCUAUUGUCCAUUUGGAAUGCUUAGAGCAAAAGUCAAAACAAGAAGGCACCUGGAGCGCUCUGGAGCAAUACAUGGAACAGCUCGGAUGGGAUACAACGGACUUGGGCUCGGUUGUACCUCUUACUUCCCGUACAAGAGACAAGAUCCUCGCCAUUACCCAAAGCUUUCUGCACAAAGCACUGGAUAUCCACCGCUCAGGGAUCAGCGGCUAUCCGAAAGCGGGCUACAUGAGCCCCAGCGCAUGCAACUUUAUCGUCUUGCCACCUACGGAGAUUCUCGAGCACUUUCUCCGCAGUUACGUUCGAAGUUUAUCGGUCUAUUACCCCUUGGUAGUUGCUGGCUGCGUGGACCCGAACGAGAUGCUGCAGAAUAACCAGGCUUCUACGCUACUUGUCCUGCUCAUGAUUGCCCAGGGAGCUGCGGCAAUGCCAAUCCUAGAAGCACGUCAACUCUCGGCGGGGCUGACGGAAACAUGCCGCAUCUCCCUCUUUGACAUUGUCGAGAAGGAUGUUGAGCUUUCUGCAGAUCCUACGACCCUCCGCUGCGCACUCCUAUUUCUUGUUCUGGGGGCUUGGAGCGGUGAUAAAUGGCUCAUGGACAUUGCAAUGGGUCAGCGGGGCAUGUACAUGUCGAUGCUCAAGCAUGCGGGAAUGCUAGAACCACAGCUGCCGACAAUCCCCAAUUUUGAUAGUGCGGCCAACACUGAGCUUCAGUGGCGGGCUUGGGUGGACCGUGAAACGAGGAACCGACUGGUCUAUAACUACGUCAUGCUCGAUCAAGAACUGAGCCUUUUCCACGAUGUCGCGCCGUCGUUUGCCAUUACAGACCUCCGGUGCCCCCUCCCAGCUCCCGAAUUGUUGUGGAUGUCCACCAAUUCGGGGCAAUGGUACACCGCCAUGCAAUCCCUCUAUGGUCACACUUCCAAUGUCAACCCACAGCUUCUGGACACACGGAUGACAGCUCCUUCGCUACACGAGCUUUUCCAAGACUUCCUUCAGGAUAACCUGUCGAACCGACACCCCGGCCUAUCACCCCAGCAGCUGAGGCUCCUUCUACAUCCUCUCCAAGCAAUGAUCUGCCACCUCCGCCAAAUCCUAUCCUGCUUUACGACCGUAUUCGACACACCCCAUAUAAAUGGGAUUUCCGUUACCCGCGCCUCAAUGAUGCAUCGCCUUGAAGAGGUGGAGGGUCUUCUACAACGAUGGUAUGACAUUGCUACCGACCAUGUCAAGACGGACCCAGACUGUCCAGUGACUAGGUGCAGCCUCGUUCUCUACCACUUGAUCUCUCUCAACGCCGUAACAGACUUUCCGGAAAUUGAGCGUUUGGCUCGGCGGGAGGAUUCCGUCGAGAUGGAUUGGGAACUCUCCAUGCGACAUACAAGGUGUAUUUUUCAGCGACAAAAGGCCAUCAUGCACAGCGGCCAAACUUUUCGGCUCUUGCGCCUGAUGCCCAAGGACCGCCGGCCGGUUUGGUGGCCGGUAGCCAUGUAUCGUGCCACGCUGGUCUUGUGGGCGGACAGCGUGUCGAAACAUGAUACCUCUUCGACGUCGUCGGGAGUCGGAAGCGACAAGCGGCACAGCAACCCAGUUCCGGUCGUCAUUGAUCAACUCACACCUGAAGAUCCGGCCUUGAUGAACUUUCUCUGGAACCGCAAUGGCGUGCCAAUAUUGAUGCACCCAUCUGGCACACCGGUGGGACUCGAGAAACCGGGGGACAUCCUCACGUAUGCGGUCAAAAGCAUCGAGGGGUGUUAUAGCUCGCGCAUGGGCGACGGGAUUAAGAGGAAGCUCAUGACACUUGGCGAAGCGUGGAACCCCGAUCUAGUGAUUGGCGUGUCGCCAGAGGAUCCGGGGCAUUAG